AUGGACAAGAUCAAGGAGAGAAUGAACGCCCUCCGCCUGGAGGCUGAGGAGGCUCAGGAGAAGACCGAGGAGUUGAAGAGCAAGGUCAAGACGCUGGAACAGGAGAACCUGGCGAAGGAACAGGAGAUCACAUCCCUCAACCACCGCAACCAGCUUCUUGAGGGUGAGGUGGAGAAGUUGGAAACCGCUCUCAAGGAGGCUAAGGAUGCUGCCAACCAGAGCGCUCAGCACGACACUCAGAACGAAACCCUUCAGAGACGCUUGCAGCUCUUGGAAGAGGAGCUCGAGAAUGCUGACAAGAAUACCCGGGAGACAGUUGAGAAGCUCCGCCAAACCGAUGUUAAAGCCGGCCACUACGAGCGCAAAGUGCAGGCCCUCGAGUCGUCUCGUGAUGAGUGGGAAAGCAAGUAUGAGGAAAUGGCGAAGAAGUACGCCGAGUUGCAGAAGGAUCUCCACGAGUUGGAGGUUUCUAUAAGCAAUGUCUAA